AUGUCCAUCUCUGAAGCGGCCAAUGUUCCGCUCUUCGAGAAUAUUCCGGAUACUAGAUCAGUCCAAUCGAUCCUGCAAUCCAAAAAGUACUUCGGCUUCGAUCUAGACGACACUCUUCAUGAAUUUCGGAAAGCAUCUGCGUCCGCCUCGUCAGCCGUGUUCGAAGCAAUUCACCAACACUCCGGUAUUAGCGUCGAAACCCUGAGAACCACUUUUAGCGAGAUCCUACGGUCCAAAACAGCAUCUGCAUUCACAGAGGGCAAAACAUCAACUGAGUAUCGAAGAGAUCGAUUCUCACGUCUUCUCCAAGCCCAUGGCUCGGAAACAUCCGAUACAAUACUCGAGCGUCUCUUGGACAUCUACAAGAACAGCUUGCAGGCUGCACUGGAACUCAAACCCGGCGCCCUGUCACUCCUCCAGACCCUUAAACGGCUCGAUAAAAAGAUCAUCAUUAUAACAGAAGGGCCACAAGAUGCACAGGAAUGGACCGUACAGGAACUCGGGAUAGCGCCUUAUGUCGAUAUCCUAGUCACGACCAAUGAAGUUGGGAGGUCCAAAGUUGACGGCUUGUUUUCCAUCGUUUUGGAGAAGUACGGUAUUGAUGCUGGGGAUAUCGUUUAUGUGGGGGAUAACGAGGUGAGGGAUGUGGUGCCAGCGAGGAGUGAGGGGUUGUUGGCAGUGUUGUAUGAUGAGCGUAGGGAAACAAGGCUAGAUGGUAUUGAGUGGCUUCGUGUGAAGUCUUUGGGGGAAUUGGAGAGUAUACUGAGUGCUUGA